UGGCGGCCACUCGGCUUAUGAAUACACGGGGAGCGAUCGCAAAUACUGGCGGUACGAGUCGUGCAGGGGCCGGUUGGCGCACAAAACACCCCGGCACGUUAGAAAAAUGAUCCCUGAAGGAAAGAAGAGGAAGCUAGAGGAACUCUGGGCACGUGGGCUUUGGAGUGUGGACCCUCACUGCCCCAGGCUAUCUGCACUUAUGAAGGAAGCAGUGGGCGUCGGCCUUUCUCCUGCCCAGGUCAAAGAGUUCAUCUACCGCAAGAGGAAAGCUACAGGCGUGACUCACUGGGAGCAGGAGGAAGUCGACAUGAGGAUGCUCAUUGCCUUGACCCUCGGCGAACUGAGGGUCAAGCGGGGCACAUCCCUCCAGGACGAGGUGGAAACAAUCAUGACGGCUUUGACUGGUCUUCAAAAGACGGGUCCGCAGCCCAGGGCCUGGCCUUCAGAGCCGCGGGCAGACUUCUCCGAAUCCCCUCCUCUGACACCGCGGCCAGCCGGGCUGGCUAUGGCAUUUGGUCAAGAUGACUGCGGCCAGCUUGGGCUUGGCAUCGCGGAAGAAGAGGAGAGGGUUCUGCCGACCCCGGUGGUCUUACCCCCUGGUAAAACCAUCGUGGACGUGGCCGCCGGCGGUCUGCACUCGGCAUUUCUUACUGCCGAGGGAGAAGUUCUGCUUUGCGGCUUGAACGACGAAGGAGAGUUGGCCAGGCCCAACGCAGGUGAAGAGGACUGCCGGACGGUGGCCUCCGUGUCCCUCGGUCCGGCCAUGGUCGCGGCUCAGGUGUCCUGCGGCGACAGUUUCACUGCUGUCCUGGACACCUCGGGCCGCGUGUUCUGGGCCGGCCAGCUGAGGGACGCAGGCGGGGUAUUCCACGACAUCGGGCCCCGCUUGCUGGAGGUCCCCCUGUGGGCACCAGCGACCAAGAUCGCAGCUGGUGCCCACCACUUGGCAGUCCUCGUCGGCAAUUCAAUCGCCACCUGCGGAUCUGCGGACCGAGGGCAAUUAGGAAGGGUCAGGGAGCGACGUGCCCUGAAAAGAUCAUCUCGGGAGUUGUCCCUGACCCCGUCCCCCUGGACCACAGCCUCCCAGUUCGUUGACGUCUGCUGCGGUACUUACAGCACCAUCGGACUGACCGCAGCAGACGACAUCUGGGGCUGUGGGAACAACUACUUGUACCAGCUGGGAGAGGGCCCACGCACGAUCUGGAUGACACGAAAGUUGUCAGCCCUCUCCCAGAAGAACCUGGUACAAGUGGCAUUGGGGGACGACCAUGCCGUUGCCCUCAGCUCCUCAGGAGCCGUCUUUUGCUGGGGUGACGGCUACAGCGGACAGGCUGGAACGGGAGUCAUCUCCAGACAACCUAUCGACUCCCCCCGGCCUGUUCCUGGCCUGCCGAAUAACAUCAGGCAGGUCGCAGCCGGCCCCAGGCAGUCCUUCUGCUGGACCAGUCAAGGCCGUGGAUACGCCUGGGGAUCAGGGGUCUCUAACCAAUUGUGUCUUGGAGAAGAAGUCCAAGAAGUUGCGGCCCCUGUCCCCAUGGUGGGACUGCCCGGCCCACUGCAGACCAUCAGCGUGGGCGGGCAGCACACCCUCGUCCUGGUGGACCCUCCUCCUGCUCCCAGUACAUCAAAAUAAAAGGC